AUGUCCUGUGGUGGGAACAACAAUCUCGUCGGCCUCGGUAUCGGCAACAGGAACGACUGCACGAUGAUCAACCGAGGUGGUCCUCCCCCACCUGGGCCUACCCCACGACCCCCCCAUCACGGGCCACCUCCCUUCAACCCCAUUCCCAGUCCACCUCCCUUCAACCCCAGUCCCAGUCCACCUCCCUUCAACCCCAGUCCCAGUCCACCUCCCUUCAACCCCAUUCCCAGUCCACCUCCCUUCAACCCCAGUCCCAGUCCACCUCCCUUCAACCCCAUGCCCAGUCCACCUCCCUUCAACCCCAGUCCCAUUCCACCUCCCUUCAACCCCAUUCCCAGUCCACCUCCCUUCAACCCCAGUCCCAGUCCACCUCCCUUCAACCCCAUUCCCGGUCCACCUCCCUUCAUCCCCCAUGGCGGCCCACCUCCCUUCAUCGUCACUCCCCCCCUCAUCCCUGGCGGUGGCCCCCCUCCUUUCAUCCCCGAUGGCGGCCCUCCCUUCCUCCCUGACGGUGGCCCACCCCCCUUUAUCCCCGCCGGCGGAAUCGGUGGAUUCGGCGCUGCGGGAAUCAGUGGAUUCGGCGCUGGUGCCGGUGGUAUCGGCGGCAUCGGCGGUGGCGGCAUGGACCCGAGCUUGAUGAUGGGUGGCGGCGGUUUCGGCCAGGCUGGCGCAUUCAGCCAGAGCUCCAUGAACGCUGCAGCCGUUAGCGGAUCAAGCAUGGGUAUGGCAUCCGGUGGCCUCGGCUUGGACCCCAGCAUGGCGAUGGGCGGUGGCGCUUUCGGCCAGGGAGUCGGAUUCGGCCAGGGCGGCGCAAUCAUGGGCGGCGGUCUCAACAGCUUCGGUACCGGAAUGGGCCUCGGCGGCGGUGUCAGCGCAUUCGGCGGUGCCCCUCUCGGCGGAAUGGGCGGUGGCUUCUACGCCAGCCAGACCUCUUCUGAGCAAUCCUCAAGCCAGUCCACCUCGACCAUGGGCAUCAUGAAGAAGAACAAGGACGGCAAGAAAGACGACAAGCACGACCUCCGCCACCGCCCAAUGUCCAUUCGCCCCCGAUUUUCAAAGUCAGAUCAAGAUCAAUUAGCCUCCUUCCUGGCUACCCAUCCUGGAGACUGGAGCGGCAACGCGGUCUACCGGCAAUUCGCUGGAACUCAUACCAAGCACUCGUGGAGCUCGUGGCGCCACCAUUAUCUCUCCAACUCGGCCCUCAUCAAGAAACUCGUCCAUCGCAAGAGACGCCAACUCCGGACAGCAACGGCAGCAGCGAACCGUCAUGGUAUCAUUGAACUACUAGACGAUGACGACGCCGGCAACCGGAAUCGUGGCCCGAAGCGUAAAGGGAAAGAGGUUGCUCCGAUCGAGCUGAUCGAGAUCGAUAGCAGCUUCGAUAGCAACUCCGAUCAUGCCGAACCCGGCUCCCAAAAACCGGAGUCGAUUGCUAGCAGUCGGCAGCCCAGACCGCCUCAGCGAGAGUUCCACCUGCAACGAAUCCCCAGUAAUCCUCCGAACCGCUUCAGUUCUUCUUCCAGCGCUACCGACCUUAAUGCUUUCUCGGGCCAACCACAACUAGGUAAAUCCCGCUGGGAUCCACAUGUCCGAGUCGUCCCAAUGUCUCGAGAAGAAGAGCAAAACUUCUUCGCGUUCAUAUCCGGCUAUCCGAAAGGAGACCUCCGAUUCUCUUCGAUUCUGUACGAAAAGUACCAUCGUCAGCCUCCAUAUUUCUCGCCGGAAGAAUACCGUACCUAUUAUCUAGUCCAUCAGGCUAGAGUGUGCACCAAACGGCCAGUCUCGGAUCCUAAACGAACCGAUGCGCCAGGAUGUGCACAAGCGGCCAAGAUGAUUACAGAAACAUCCCGAGAAGAUGGAACAGAAAAGGAUGAAAGCGGGCGAGCAGAGGAGAGGACGGAGAAGCCGUCGCGGGAGACCGUCUCACCCUUUGCCUCUACCCACUCUCCAGAUACCCACAAGACGAUCGAAGACACUUCACCAGAAGAGGCUCGAGACAAGGACGAAGGCGAGCGAGAAGAGGAGCGGACAGAGAGCGCGCGUCGGGAGACCGUCUCGCCCUCCCCCUCUCUCCACAACCUAGAAGAUGACGAAAUCCCACUCGACGAGAUCCUCAGGGGUCUCGACCACCCGAAGAUCGCGGCCGCCUUGGACUUGUCGCCAGAGAAAAUGGCAUUCGUCCGCGGUCUCCAGCACGAUCUCUUCUGGUUUUCGCACAUCAAUCUGGCAUCCUAA